UUUUUCCCAUAUCGAACUCUCUAACUCCAAUUCCAUGGCACCACCGAACCCCCCACCCACUUCAGAAGCAAGUUCCUCCGCCGUACAGAAAGUGAAAAGCAAUCUCGUCUUCCGUUCAACCUGGGCCGAACUCAACGGCGCCAUGGGUGACCUAGGUACAUACAUACCCAUUGUUCUGUCCCUAACCCUAGCCAGUGACCUCAACCUCGGCACCACAUUGAUCUUCACCGGCAUGUACAACAUCAUCACCGGCGCCAUCUACGGCGUCCCCAUGCCCGUCCAGCCCAUGAAGUCCAUCGCAGCUGUCGCCCUCGCCGACCCCACCUUCUCCAUACCGGAGAUCAUGGCCUCCGGUAUCCUCACCGGAGCAACCAUGUUGGUCCUAGGCGUCACCGGGCUCAUGCAGCUAGCUUACAAGCUCAUUCCCUUGUGUGUUGUGAGGGGAAUCCAGCUAGCACAGGGUUUGUCCUUUGCGUUGACCGCGGUCAAAUAUGUAAGAAAAGUACAAGAUUUGCCUCGGUCCAAAUCAAUGGACCAAAGACACUCGCUUGGGUUCGAUGGGUUGAUUCUCGCCAUCGCAUGUGUUUGUUUUAUUGUCAUUGUAAAUGGUGCUGGCGAGGACCCGAAUCACGAUCAUGAUCAUGACCACGACGAAGAACCAUCCCACCAAAUCCAAGCCAGAAUAAGUAAUAAAGUGAGAAAAAUAAGAAGGGUUAUUUUUGCGCUUCCUUCGGCUUUCUUGGUGUUUGUGUUGGGAGUGUUGUUGGCUUUCAUAAGAAGGCCUAGGGUGGUGCAUGAGAUUAAAUUUGGACCCUCUUCUAUAGAGGUGGUGAAAAUGUCUAGACAUGCAUGGAAGCAAGGUUUCAUAAAGGGCACAAUCCCUCAACUCCCAUUGUCAAUUUUAAACUCUGUGAUAGCGGUUUGCAAACUAUCAUCAGACUUGUUUCCAGGUAAAGAUUUUUCAGUGACAUCACUCUCAGUAACUGUAGGUUUGAUGAACCUUGUGGGAGGGUGGUUUGGGGCCAUGCCAUGUUGCCAUGGAGCUGGUGGGCUUGCGGGGCAGUAUAAAUUUGGAGGGAGGAGUGGAGGGUGUGUUGCACUUCUUGGUGCGGCUAAGUUGAUUUUAGGGUUUGUGUUGGGAAGUUCUUUGGCUCAUUUUUUCAACCAGUUUCCUGUGGGGAUCUUAGGGGUGUUGCUCUUGUUUGCUGGGGUUGAACUAGCCAUGGCUUCUAGGGACAUGAAUACUAAAGAAGAUUCUUUUGUUAUGCUUCUUUGUACUGCUGUUUCGUUGGUGGGGUCCAGUGCUGCUCUUGGAUUCUUGUGUGGGAUGAUUGUUUUUGUGCUUCUUAAGCUAAGGGAUUGGAUAAAUGGUAAGCCGAUUAAUGCUAUUUGGAAGCAUGAAGGCCCUGAUGAGCAAGUUUGAAGCAAAAAUUUAGGACUUAGGAGGAGAAUAUAUAUAUAUAUAUAUAUCAUUAAUUAUCUACCAUGUUGUUGCUUGCUUGUAAUGGGUAAUUAUUAUCAGUGUCUUCUGGUGUAAAUAUAUUUGUAUGGCUUAGAAUAAUUGCGUCGCAUAUGCAAGUUUAUUUUUCUGUCAAUUAUUCUCAUCUGGGAUUUGAUAGUGAAAUGGGGUUUCACUCCUGUACGUCUUGUAUUUCUAAGGUAUGAAAGAAUAUAUAUUUACCAUGAACUUCUUCAA